GUAUUUAUUUAGCGACGUGUGUAACGGCUUAGAAAAUGCGAACGACAAACGUUUUAUAAUUAUUUUAUGGACUUCAAAGUUCUGGCUGGUGGGUGGGCGAGUGCUCCUACUCGGAUCGAGUGGCUAUAUAAGCCACGUUACGCGCCCUAAGCCAUCGCAGUUGGCCGCGAGGAUUAACAGGCAUCACCAACACCAGUUCGUCCUUUGGAAAAUGCAGUCCUGGCCGCUUUGGAUUCUGGUCUUAGCCCUCGGGCGUCAGAUUUACGGAGCUAGUGUGGCGGCUCCAGCCACUGGAUUGGACACUGAACUAGGCACAUGUGAACUGCAGCUCUCCAAGUACCGCAGAUUCAUCCUGCAGGCGAUUCUCAGCUUCGAGGAUGUGUGUGAUGCGUACAAUGCACGACCAGGAGGUCAGGAGGAUAACGAGGGCUGGCUCUUCAGGCACUAUGCCCCACCACCGACAUCACAGCGGGGCGAGAUCUGGGCCUUCUUCCGGCUACUGAUGGCCCAGUUCAGUGACACGGAGUUCACCUCAAUCAUCCGGGAUGCGGUCAUCGAACGGUGUCGCAUCAAAUCGCAGCUCCAGCGGGACGAGAAGCGCAACUCGGUGGUCCUGGGCAAGAAGCAAAGGUUCCAUUCUUGGGGCGGCAAGAGGUCCUCCUUACCGUCGGAGUCGGACUACUAAAUAAUGUUUUGUUUUCCACGUAAAUGUAUGCAAAGCCAAGUCGAAAUCCUCACCUAAAUAUCACUUAAUGUCUAAAUAAACUUAAAGAUUGCAAGCCGAGCAGCGGCUAAAA